CUCUUUUGAUUCUACUUACUAUGUUAUGUCGCUGAUUCUUACACAGCCUUUUCAAUGAAAAUGCCAACAACCACUAACAAUAAAGUGGAGGCUAAGUUAGCUUCCACAGAUUUAGGGGAUGCCGCUAAACAGUGUAUAAAUUGCUUAGAAAAGAAAGUGAGAAAUUUAGAGAAGAGAAAGUCAAGGAUUGAGCAGAAUCAAGAAAAAGCCAAAAAAGGAACAAAGCUUGAAAAAGAACAAGAGGUUUCUUUAAAUCAAUAUGAGCAAGUGGCUCAUGACCUCGAAUUUGCCAGAGAACUCCACAAACAGUUUCUCCAAAUUUACACAGAGCAUGAGAAAAUGGCCAAAAAGCAAGCCAAAAGAGAAAAAGCAGAAAGACAAGCCUUAGAAAUCAAACGUAUCAGUGAAAUCCUUCAGCUCCAAUCUUUGCUAGAUAGUCUUGGGGGUGAUAAAGUGAGAGAAGACUUCAAAACUGGUAAACAUGGAGCUGUGGUUUUGACUGAAGACAACCUCCAGCAGCUUGAUGAGCUCUACCAAGUCAUAUCGCCUUCUCGGGAUGACAGCGGAGAGGACUAUCCUCACAAGUUGACAACUGCUGCUGAACAUCUUGUUAACAUUCUUGAGGGUAAAGAUCGUCAGGUUGUGGGAACUACAUACAAGGAGAUUAAAGAGCUGAUUACUCUUAUUAAAGAUUGUGGUUACUUUGAAACUGCCAAAAAAACUGUUGUGGAGGAAGUUGCUGCUGAAGAUAGCCAGACAAAUGAGGAAUUGGAAGACACAAAUGCUGAGACUGUUCUCGAGUCUCCCACUGACGAUGUUGAAGUCACUGGGCUUGUUUCUGAACCACCUUCACAGCAACAGCAGCCUAUGGACUUGACAAUGGGAAGCUCUGAUGUCAAUCAGUCACGUAGAGAUAUUCCUAGCCAGCCCCUGAACACCCGUGAACAAGAUGCUUUCUUUGCACCAAGUACUGUUUCCUACCAGGUGGACUCUGAACCACAGUUUUCACAGACUGGUCAUGUCUCAGUAUCAAGGGUUCCAGAUUUUCAGUCUUUUACUAACAAUCGACCAUUUCAGUUCAUACAAACAUCAUAUGUGAUGCCAGAAUCAAUUCCUGUAGUUGUUGACCCAGCCGUCAUUGCUGCUCAGCCAGCUGGGGCCUCAAGUCUUCAGUUCAUAUCUCAGGGAUUUGAUGCCAGCUCAGCCUCCCAAAAGCAGCAAGACCUCUCACACAGCAGCAGCGGUAUGCAACACCAACCAACACCAGACUACAGUUCUCAAAGUUAUGCCCAGAAUGACAACAUAUAUUCAACAUCUGGAGUAGAUGAAUCGGAUCAAAUCUCAUCUCAUUCAAACAUGAUGGGUCAUAUUGGAGAAGACGGAGUUACUUAUGAGAUUCCCCCUACCAUUCCCAUGCCACCAUCGCAGUCACAACAGGAUCAAGCACUUGAUCAGCAGCAGCAGCAGCAACAAGAGAAAAAAUUUCAAAUGAAUGCCAGUGCUCCAGUAUUCCAGUCUAUGUAUUCUCAGACUUCUGGUGGCCAAACUGUUUCAGGAUCUUCCCCUGCAGGAGAUCAGCAAGUGCAAACAUCAACUAAUGAAUAUUCAAAUUCACCUGGUGGAGAAUUUGGCCAACAGACUGGAGAUUUUCAGCAAAAUUAUCAAGGAAAUAAUGGAUUCCAAAAUUAUCGGGGAAGUCGAAGUGGCUUCAGAAAUCGAGGUGGCAGUGCUGGAAGUAGAGGGUCUACUGCCGGUGGCCCAGUUCAGAAUGGAUUUAGCAGUCGUGGAGGAAGUACCAAUACAAACAAUAGUCGUGGUGGUCGAGGUGGAGGAUAUCAAAAUUACCAGUCCAAUAAUAGUUACAGGCCUGAAGGUUUUCAAAAAAAUUACUCUUCAGGUGGCAAUAACUAUUCUGGGAAUAAUUACCAACCUAGAGGAGGAGUCAAUAAUACAAGUUCCAGUGGAUUUUCUCGUGGUGGUGCUGGUGGGAGCAGAGGUGCUAAUAAUUCACCUCGUGGAGGCCCAGGAGGAGCAGGUGCACCAAGAGGAGGCAGUGGGAUCCAGAGAGGCUCUUCAAGAGGAACAUUCAACCGCCCCUUGCCUGCCCAGUAGAAAGAUCAUCAGUGCUCUGAAUUGAACAGCAACAAUCACUAAUUUAAAAAGAUUUUUUCCUUGACUGGAACUGUAGUAUAUGAUAUCAGAUGUGUUAGUUUGGAAAAGAACUCUUUGUUGUUGGGGUGUAACUGUUUGUCCCCUUUGACUUGUCAUCCCAUCUGGUCACACGUGUAAGAAAUCUUUGUAGUCCUCGUUGAAGUGUCUCAUCACAAACAGUUCAUUCAUUUUCCGGUGGUGAUUCUAGUCUUAAGUGUUAAUGUUAUCAUUUAUUCUUGAAGGCUGGUCUUAAGAUUGAUUUUUUAAAAACGUUUUGAGUCCUGCCUCAUUAAGAGUUUUGACCUUAGCAAUAUCCGUCUAGUAGAAGCUAGAGCAUUUGUUUUUCUCUAGUGACCCUAAGGAAAAUGAAAUAUAUCAUAAGCCUUGAGCACUGAGGUCUAUAAAGAUUUCUGUCUAUGCAGAAAGAAAAUGUCUGUUUAUAAUCUCACCAACAUUUUCUUUCUUAUGUUAAUGUGGCUUUGAUGAAAGUUUUUGUGUAAGAAUCAACGACAAACAACAACAAAAAAAAUCAUUUUAUUUCCAUAAUUGCUGUAAGACAUUUCUUUAAACAAUUUUUUUUAGGCUGCAUAUUUCAAAGUUGUUUUUAUUUUUAUAAUUUUGAUUUUUGUUUGUAUGGAGAAUGUUGAAAAAGAAAAAAGGAAGGUCAUGAUCAACACAUUUUUUCUUCUUUUAAACACUUGUGAUUUGUUUUAUCACCAUUAUUUUUAUAGGAACACUAAAACUAAUUCAUGUUGUUUAUUAUUUUUUUAUAUUAAGGACUGGUAGUCCAUACUCAAGUUUUCAAAGUAAUUAUAACUCAUGGGAAUUUGUGUUUGUUGCUGCUGUCCAGGUUUAAGGAAUGUCUAAAAGGCAGAAAUGUUGGUGCCUUGAAAUGGAGGGGGUCUGUGGUCUAGGACUAGCAGCAUUCAGCCUUGUUAGGUACAAGAUUUAGCUAGGACAACUCUGGACUAGUGGUUGUUUUGUCUGGUAUUCAGUAUUAUGUAGUUUGUAUGUGUAGGCCUUCAAUUCAGACCUUCAUUACAAAGUUCUUGUCUUAUUUGACUUUUGUUAACAUUUAUUGUGGAACAACAUUUUUGAAUCAAUGGAACUCUCCUUCUCCCACACAAUUUCUUUUGGGAAAUAAAAGUUGAUUGAACAAUUCA